GGAGCUGCUCUCAAUCUCAUUGUACUUGUGUAUAGUGACAAUAAAGGCAUUCUAUUCUAUGACAGACGAGGCCUUAAUGACUGGCAUGGUUGGGGCUGCAUGAUGUCACUGACAUACCCUUAUGGCCUAAAGCUAGCAGACUCUAUGCAUGAUAACAAACUCCACCUGUUUAACACAUGGCAACGUGCUGACAGAACAUAAACACACAAAGAGAUGGCCACACCAUCACAGAGUGUUAGCUGAACAUGCUGCUAACAUUACAGAAGGCAUUUAGACACAUGGGGAACAGCAACAGUUUUUAAUGUUUCAGCAUUUACACUUGCUGCCAAAGAUCCCACAGACAACAGUAACACACACAUAAGCUAGUGGAUUGACGUUAGCAUAACCAAGCUAAUUUUAGCCUGAAGUUAGCAGCCGAUUUGCGCCAUAAAGUAUGUGGAAAACUUUAGGCUUACUAUGAAAUUUAUCACAAGCCGAUUGUCAAGUACCAUUGCAUGUAUAUGACAUGUUAACAGGACUUGUUGUAACUUACCUUCGAAAGAACAUCAGCACGGUGAGCCUUGAGAUUGCUGGUAUUCUUUCCACCUAGUGUAUGGCCACAUGUCUCCCUCCCACAAUGCAUUCUGUUUUUCUUUCUGAUGCAUGAUAUUCAAAGUAUGUCCAUCGGUCAUUUCCGACCACCGAGCCCCUGUUGUUGUUGACGCUGCUGCCAUGGUCCACCUGUGCGCUGUGCAGAAGGUGCGCUGCACGCCACGUGGUGGGCGUGGCCAAACAGAUAGGACGCAGCAGCAGCAUGGCACGUGACACUGUUUAGUUUUCCACUGACAGAUGACAGCACAAUAGGCAGAAAUGUCAUGCAUUUUAAACGUCUGACAGACACAACUCGUCAUGUUUUCGUCAUCAAAGAUCCAUGUUUAGCUGGUCACCGUUUCGUUAUCGUCAUGAAAAAAAAAACAAAAUAAUUUCGUCAUCGUUAACGAAAACAACACUGUGUUUGCACAAGAACUGCUGUUACACUCGUCUGAUUCUUCACUGCUGUGGAGAUGAAAUCAGAGUUUCAGUGAAUGAACUCCCACCACCAAGCAACACCUACUUCAGUUGUGAAUGCAACAAAUAAUAAUUAAUAAUAACUGAGUUUUGCCUUGCAGCUAGAGGGACGGUUUGUUAGAGGAUGUUGGUACCAACACACAACCUUUUGCAAAUCCCGGAAAGUUAUUUUAAUACUACUACAUACUACUACUAAUAACAAUAAUAAUGCAAGUAAUUUAAUUGUGUUGCUCCUUUAAUGCAGCUCAGAGUGAUAAAAAAUGAAAUUCAAUUCAAAAUAAAGACAAGAAUAAAUGAAUACUACAUAAAAGUAUAAAGAGCAAAUAUUAAGGUAGCUGAAAAACAGGUUAAAAGUAUACCAGGUAUAUUAUAGUAGGUGGAGCUAGAAGGAGUGGAGGUUAUAAAAUAUGCUUCUCAGUGCAGUGAGCCUCUGUUUUGUCUUAUGUCUGUAACUUCUGGCUUAUAAACCGUUUUACAAAUCGUUGGCAUCAUGAAUCCUUUUCGUUUCUGCGUGUUGUAACAGACGAGGCCAAUCUCUUCAUGUGAUCUCAGCUGUGACUGAAACAACUUCUGGUUUAUCAGAGCUCAUGAGUAAGCAGCUCCGCUUGGCUGAUAUCAUCUGAGAUGCUUGUCUGUCCUCACUUGACACUCCCUGACUCACUGUGGUUAGUUAUCUUCAGCCAACUAGAACUAAACUGUCUUGUGUUAUUACACAGUGCCAGGUUGGGAAACACAACCACCCACCUCCUCUACGUGUCUGUUUCAGUAUAUCUAUGACUCUACGCCGUCUAGUCCAGGAAUAGCUUUGCCAAUUUCUUGAAGUGAAAAUGGUCUGCUGUCCUCCAAAUGAUCUCACUGUUCAGAGCCGUGGUGCCGCUAGUCCUUUAUACCCCUUUUAUUUCCUUUUCCCCCUCUGGAGACGCCUCUGGGUCUGUGGACAUGGAGCAGGUGGAGGUGUGUUCUGGGGGCUCCGUCGUGCUCCCCUGUCUGCCCCCUCCUGGGGAAGGCUCGGCCGUGGAGGGGGUGAGUCUGAAGAGGCAGAGGGCCGGGGCCCCUGUGGAGGUCUUGUACCACUCGAAGCGGCACCACAGCAGCAGCAGCGGGUCUCAGUUCUCUGCUGACAGGGUCCAGUUGUCCACAGCGCCGGACCCCAGCGGCAUCACCUACCAGCUGACCCUGCAGCAGCUCCAGCCGGACGACAGCGCCCUCUACAGCUGCCAGCUGCUCCUGCGGGGCAGGCCUGACAGCAGCACCAGUCUGGGGAGGCGAGUGUUUGUUGUGUCCGUGCAAGGUGAUGAGUGCGGCUGCCCCGGCUACUCCUCCCUGCUGUACGCUCUGGCCUCGGCCGUGGUCGUCCUCCUCCUCGUGCUCCUCGUGGCCUUCGUGGUGAUUUGUAAAGGCAAAGCACGCCGCGGUGUCAAGUCACGCCCUCAGGCGCCCAUCUACGAGGAGAUGACUGGGGUGCAGCCUCUCAACCGCAAGGCAGCUUCUCGGCAGCUGGAGGACGCGGAGCCCUCAGAGUACAGGAACUGCCCCGUGAAGAAAUCCUGCCCUGAGAACUAUUAUGAAAGCCCCACUGGGGCCCUGAGCCCCAAGAGAGAGUCUUAGAGAGGAAACGUCGGCCUCCACCUGUCAAGCAUCACGAUGACUUCUCAACUUAACUUCCUCCAAGUGUCAAGUUAGCAUUCAGGACUUUCUUUAGCUUGUUUUUAUUUUUUAUUAGCUGUGGGUUUUCUUUUUAAUCUCAUGUGUAUUGAUUGCUUUAAGAGGGUUGUUCCAUCUGAAAACCACAAAUUUUUAGUGAUUUCUGCUCAACCAGCUCUGAUUUGACUGAAGGUUUUAUAGAAUAAAAUGUGAAUGAUUAAAACCAUUUUUGUGACA